AUGGUACCGUGGCAAGGAAAUCUGUCUUUUCGUGUGUACAAUCCAGACAAACCCAAGAAGUAUGGGAUCAAGGCCUACAUGUUCUGUGAUGCAGUGACUGGGUAUUGUUUACGUUUAAAACUUUAUCCUGGGAAAUCGGAGACACCUGCUAGUGCAAAUGGGGCUACAUACGACUUAGUUAUGGACAUGAUGCGAGGAUACUUUGGACAAGGUUACAUUUUGUACAUGGACAAUUAUUAUAGUUCACCACAGCUUUACACAGACUUGUUUGUGCUCGGGUGUGGUGCCACUGGAACAUUACGGGUUAAUCGCAAGGGAAUUCCACAGCGAAUAAAGGACAAAAAGUACCAUGACCGUAAAGUUGUUUACCUGUUAUCUACCAUCGAGGAAGCUGCAAAAGCCCCCUGUGGAAGAGUGGCACCAAGAACAGGAACACCUAUUGAAAAUCCUGCGAUCGUUAAUGUGUACAACAAGUAUAUGGGAGGCAUAGAUCGGUCUGAUCAAAUGGUUUCUUACGCUACUUUCAAUGCCAGGACCCUGAAGUGGUGGAAGCGUGUGAUUUUCCAUGUGAUUUCUCUAGCUACUUUGAAUGCUUACCUGUGCUACAAGACCCUAACUCCCAGGAAACCUAUGCUUCACAGAGUUUUCCGAAAACAACUUGUAACCGAACUUGUGCAGUCCGUUAACAGAGCAUGUGUCCCGGGAAUGAGUACAAAGCCUGUCGGGAGGCCUAGCACUGCAGCAGAACCCAUCAUGAGACUGCAGGGGCAGCAUUUCCCCAUGAAGAUCGUUGGAACAGGCAUAAAGAAAAACAUUACCCGUGCUUGUGUCGUGUGCUCGGUGGCAGAGAGGCAGAGGCUCGAAUCCAUUGGAGAAAAAAGGAAAAGAGCAGGAAAGGAAUCUAGCUAUCAAUGUGACAAGUGUCUGUCUGCCUUAUGCGUUGACCCCUGCUUCAAACUUUUUCACACACAUAAAGACUACAUAGCUGCGUACAAGACGCGUGUGAUGGUCAACAAGUAA